UCUCCCCCUCGCCCUCCCUCCCCUGGCGCGCCCUGUCGUUUUCGUCCGUCCUCUGUCGUGUCGUCUGGCGUUCGUCGUGCCACUGGGCUCCCGCGUGCAGGUGGGAGAGUGUACGGCCCCGCCUCUGGAUUAUCGGGGCAUUCCUCGGAGCCCUUGCGGGGCGGCGGCGACCGCGCCCGCUUCGCGGGCAGAGAGAAGACAGAUGAGAACCAAACGCGCUGCAGUGCGCCAAGCACUAGUAGCCACCUCCCGUCUGCGAGAAUGUAUCGGGCCACGGGCACAGCAACUCCCAGAACACGAUGCAGACCGAGAGCCUCCGCUGCUGAUGCUCCGAAAGCUGGUGGCGGCAGUGCGGCGGAUUGACGUCGAAAUCAAGGCAUGGGGCGACAGGCGAUUCCAUGCUGCGUGCCGAAGCGCCCAUGUACACACCUGUCGGAGUUGUCGGAGUGCAGAACGUUCUGGCCUAGAGUCUGCGAUCAGACACAGCCCUUUUCAGGACAGAUCAGACAUCGAUAAUUUGGGCCAUGAAGAAAGCGGGUUUCAAGAAUUAUGGAUUCAAGAAUCUGGGUUCGUUGCGAGGUUUGGCCAUUGGGCCAGCGAGUCCGAGCGCUGCGCUGAGGAGCGCACCCACGAGAGCGAGCAGGAGAACCUAAACAGCGCGCUGUCGUCAUCAGCAAUAUGUGACAUUCCAGUGCGAGAAAAGACGCGCAUCCAGACAGCGCCAGCUACAGGAAGCGACGUGUGAGAAGCAGCAGAAGCAGCGGGCAGUGGCGCAAAUCUGGGAGCCCACAUGUCAUCUACUACAGGGCGGGAAGUGCGAGAGCAGGCAGCGGCCACGCCUAGUGGCGAAGCCUGCAGGUUCAUCGCGCGAGAAGCGGCGGCAGCCGAAGCGGGCGGCGAAGGGAAGCAGCAGGCGAGACGCAGGGUCUCGUUCGCGCCGACCGCGAGGCUCCGGGCGGCGAGGACGAGUUCAGCGAGUUUGGCAACCACCUGAACGACAUCCUCUGAGCGGGCACAUCCGUCAAGUCCAUGAUGGCGGUUGCGGCGAAGGUCUCCGCCACCGCCGCGUCGUUGUGGAAGAAGCCGCCAGCAGAGGAACAAGGCAGCUGGAGACGUCAGGCCGAGCGCCGGGCGCGGCUCUCGCCCGACGCCUCGCUGGUCGCCAUGGCCACGUCAGAGAGCCCCCGCGACAGCAACUCGGUGUACUCCAGCGAGCCAGGGGAGUCCGUGCACUCCGAGGACCUGGAGGAGUACGACGACGACUACGAGGGCGCCACCGAGAGGGUGAAAGAGCUGCUCGGCUCCUUCCACACCGCCGAGCGCCUCGCCCUCGUGCACGAGCUGAACACAGCGUACGAGGAGAGGUUGGACAUGGCCGAGGAGGAGUCCGCCUCGCUCGCGAAGUACGAGGACGAGUUUCAGGCCCGGGAGAACGAGAUCAGGGACGACUUGGACCGGAUCACGGACAGCAUCGAGCGGAAGUACACGCGCGAGGUGAAGGUCCUCGCCAGGUGCAAUCAGUCGCUCGCGGCCGGGCCGAAGCAGGCGAAGCUGCGCGGCACCGCGCUGCGCAAGCGCUGGCGCUUCUCCUCGAACGUCGCGCACCGCCGGUCGAACGUCCGCAUGGACGACGCGGACGAGUUCCUCGCGGAGGACGGCCGCAGCCCGGAGGAGCAGGAGCGGGCGCGGGCCAUCCUGGGCCCAGGAUCGGCGGGUGUCGGAGGCGUCCAAGAGGGGGGUGAGGACUAG